UAUUAUAUAUAUAUAUAUUUUUGACAGAAAUUAUUCUUUAAUUUGCUAAAAUUUUUACAAUAAUUCUUAUAAAUAUCAGUGAAUCUGUCUUGUUAUAUUUUUGAUAAUAAAUGAUAAGUAUCAUAGUCGAUGCGAAUUUUUUCUGCGGAUACUUUGAUAUUUUGAGCCAAGUUCUCUAGAACGUGCUAGAAGUUUUUUGGUACUGUAGAAACUCUUGAAACAAAAAGACUUGCAUUCAGUGCGACUCAGUGUGUACUAGUUACUCGCAAGUUUAUGCUCGAUAAACGUAUAUAUAACGUGUGGAACAAAAUUAAAAUAAAAUAAAGUUAGAAAUGUCGCAGGAAGAAAAUUGCUAUAAUCGUGGCUGUGGAAAGAAAUUUGAUCCGAAUAAUAAUAAAGAAGGCGACUGUAUUUAUCAUCCUGGAUAUCCAGUAUUUCAUGAUGCUUAUAAAGGUUGGUCUUGCUGUAAUAAAAAAUGCACAGAUUUCACGGAAUUUUUAAAUAUUAAGGGCUGUGCAAAAUCAUGUCAUUCAAAUAUCAAACCGGCAGAGCCAGAAAAAUCUGUUGUUGAUAAAUCGAAAUCAAAUGAAAUAAUUCAUGUAAUGAUUGCUCAACCUCUUAAUAGUGAACCUGCUUUACAAAGGCCUCCUUUUGAGACUCCACAAGUCAUUUUAACACCAAAUGUAUCACCUACUUUAUUAGAACAAAUUGAAGGACUAACUUGUAAUGUAUCAGAAAAUAUAUGUGAAAGUGAAGUUCAAAUUGGACAAAGCUGUAAAAAUAAUUCGUGUAAAGCUACGUACAGUGGUUCUGUAUCCGAUGAUAAAAUAUGUAAUUAUCAUCCUGGUACUCCUAUUUUCCAUGAAGGAAUGAAAUAUUGGUCUUGUUGUCAAAAGAAAACUACAGACUUCUCUACAUUCUUGGAGCAACCAGGAUGUACGCAAGGAAAACAUACAUGGAUUUCUAAGAAUACUGGCAAAAGAGUUAAAUGCAGAAUGGAUUGGCAUCAAACAGGAUCAUUUGUUGUAGUUUCAAUCUAUGCAAAGAAAUAUCAACCAGAUCGAUCAUCUAUUAAAUUGAAUCCUGUACGAUUAACUGUGGAUUUACUUUUUAUAGAGGAAAAUUCUAGAUAUAACCUUGAUUUAGAAUUAAGAGGAAUUGUUGAUAUUACCCAAAGCAAUGUUAAUAUGCUCCCUACUAAAGUAGAAAUUAAAUUGAAGAAAGCAGAACCUGGGUCAUGGGCAAAACUGGAUUUUCCUAGAAUAACUGAAGAAGAAACUGAAGAAAAUGGUCAAAAUGAUGAAAAUAUUAGUGCGCAAGUUGAAGCAGUGGAUCUUAAUACUUGCAAUCCAUGGAUAUGCUCAAUCAAAUGUUAUUUUUAAAUCGAAAUUAGGCUCUAUAAGAAAAGGAUUUAAAAAAGAGGUUGAUUUUGUAUUUUUAAGAGCUCCGCAUGAAGUUUCAAUGAAAAAUAAUUUUAAUAUUGAUGUAGAAGAAGAAGCAUAUGGAUGGUGGUUUAAUACAGAAGAUUAUGUAUUUAAAGCAACUGUUCCAAGUAAUUUAGCUGUAGGUUUUGAAGAUAGUGUGGCUGUGAUAGAAAAAGCAUUUCAAGAAUCUGGUCCUUUUGAUGGCAUUUUAGGUUUUUCACAAGGUGCAGCAUUUGUUACUCUAUUAUGUUUUAUGCAGGAAAAGAAUUGUAAGUUCAUAUUUCAUAUCGAAACAAUAUUACAAAUUAAGUUUGAUUUUGCAAUUAUUAUAUCAGGAUUUAAAUCAUUAUGUACACCUCAUACAGUAUAUUAUGAUGGAAAAAUAAGCAUACCCUCUUUACAUGUCUAUGGAAAAACUGAUCAAGUUAUACCAACAGAAAUGGCAGAAGAAAUUUGUGAAAUGUUUAUGAAUAAAACAAAUAUAAUACACGAAGGUGGUCAUUAUAUACCAAGUAAAAAAGAAUAUUAUAAAGAAUUUAUUAUAGAAAUGUUCUUAAAUAAAAACAAAAGUAAUUAAUAAUAUCUGUUUAGAUAUCACGUACAAAAUAAAAGUACCAUUGAGCGAUAUUAGUAAAUUUAUUUAAAUCGAUAAUAAGUAAACAUUGUACAAUAUGCAUUAGAUUCAGUAACAUUUUAUAUUUUAACUUGUAUAUGGUAAUCAAAAUAAGAGAGCAAGAACACAAAUCAAGAUGAUUUUAUAAAAUAAUACAUAAUUGUUUUACAUUAAUUAUUAUAUGAUUAAAAGUUUAAUUGUGUUAUAAAAGGCACUACUAAUUUUAAAUGUUCAGUAUUUGAAAACUUAAAUUACAUGUGUAUUAAAUAGUGCCUCGCUUUAAUAGAAUAGAAUAUGUUAAUUGCUUAGCUUAAUUAUUCAUGCAUACUUUCGUACGAACUUUAUGUUUAUGUUAUGUAUAUGUUUUAUGUAUAGCAAGUUAAAUGCUUAAGUAGAUAUCAACUGCCUUGGUUUAUAUGUUUGAUUACUCGUUAUUUUUAAUUUCAAGAUAUGUAGAUUUAUAUAGUCUACCAUCGCAGUAAUGAUCUAAAAAUGUUAGCAUUUUGUUCAAAUCCUCUUAGUAAUGCCUACAGUAUUGAACAUUCUGUGAUGAAUGCA